CCUCCUGUCGCCCACCAUGGCGCUGCUGCACUCCAGCCGCGUCCUCUCCGGGGUGGCCGCCGCCUUCCACCCAGGCCUUGCCGCUGCAGCCUCUGCCAGAGCCAGCUCCUGGUGGACCCAUGUGGAAAUGGGACCCCCAGAUCCCAUCCUGGGAGUCACCGAAGCCUACAAGAGAGACACCAACAGCAAAAAGAUGAACCUGGGUGUUGGUGCCUACCGCGAUGACAACGGAAAGCCCUAUGUGCUCCCUAGUGUGAGGAAGGCAGAGGCCCAGAUUGCUGCAAAAAAUGUGGACAAGGAAUACCUCCCGAUUGGAGGCCUGGCUGAGUUUUGCAAGGCGUCUGCAGAGCUAGCCCUGGGUGAGGGCAGCGAGGUGUUGAAAAGCGGCCGGUUUGUCACUGUGCAGACCAUUUCUGGGACCGGGGCCUUAAGGAUCGGAGCCAGCUUUCUGCAAAGAUUUUUUAAGUUCAGCCGAGAUGUCUACCUGCCCAAACCGUCCUGGGGAAAUCACACACCUAUCUUCAGGGACGCCGGCAUGCAGCUACAAGGUUAUCGUUACUAUGACCCCAAGACUUGCGGUUUUGACUUCACUGGUGCCACAGAGGACAUUUCAAAAAUACCAGAGCAAAGCGUUAUUCUCCUGCAUGCCUGCGCCCACAAUCCCACGGGAGUGGACCCUCGCCAAGAGCAGUGGAAGGAAAUCGCAUCAAUAGUGAAGAAAAAGAAUCUCUUUGCGUUCUUUGACAUGGCCUACCAAGGCUUCGCCAGCGGUGAUGGUGACAGGGAUGCCUGGGCCGUGCGCCACUUCAUUGAACAGGGUAUCAAUGUGUGCCUGUGCCAGUCAUACGCCAAGAACAUGGGCUUGUAUGGCUGCAGGAGGUGAAAGGCAUGGCCGACCGUAUCAUUAGCAUGCGCACCCAGCUGGUCUCCAACCUCAAGAAGGAAGGCUCGUCCCACAGCUGGCAGCACAUCACCGACCAGAUUGGGAUGUUCUGUUUCACAGGCCUGAAGCCCGAGCAGGUAGAACGGCUGACCAAGGAGUUCUCGAUCUACAUGACAAAGGACGGCCGCAUCUCUGUGGCAGGGGUCACCUCUGGCAACGUGGGCUAUCUUGCCCAUGCCAUUCAUCAGGUGACCAAGUAAUCUCCGGAUGCAAGGAACAGAGACAACCUUUCUGUGUUCAGCCUCUGCUGUUGCGAGAGUCACAUGCAGGAUGAGGGAGGGUGGGUGGUGGUGAGUGGGUCGUUUCUUUCAACCACAGUGCGUAACACUUAGCAGUUAAAUGUGUUUCUCAGAAGAGAACAUGUAGUGAGAUAGGGCAGAGGCAUGGUGGCCGGUCUGGAAGUUUGUGGCUGUAAACCAAACUCUCCCCCAUUCUUUUGUGUUCAACUUUUCUAAAAGAGUUUACACAUGCGAGAAAGUCACAGCACCAAAAAACCUGUAUUCAGGACAUUGCAAUAUUUCCGAAGCUUUAACUGAAGCAUCAUGUGGUUUUAGGGUUUCCUGUGGGGACCCAGCAUGAGACACAGCUCAUAUUAGAAGCCGUGAGAGACAUGACCUAGUCAGUCAUUAAGCCAUUUACUCACAUUUGUCCUCCACGGUGGGGCAACCUGAUCAACAGACCAAAUGCAGAAUUACGCUUUACAAAAACCAAUGAGUGUUUUUCCCCUGUAGCAAGAAAAGUAACAGAUGCUGUUUCCUGUCUUAUUUAAGAAAAGGAGAAGGCUCUCCUCUUUCAUCAUUGCUAUACUUUUCUGUAGUCAUGAAGACCUAUUAUAUCUAGCCAGAUUUUCACCCCAUUCUCCCGCUUGAGUGACCAUCAACCCCGUCGUAUCAGGAUUUAUUUAAGAAUGAAGAACUAGUUCUCUGCUCAUGCCAUUCCUCCUCCUGUCUUAGCGAAGAAUAGUAGAGAGUAGGUAACUGCACGUCACUGCAGUGUCUGCCUCCGUGUUGUGUGACUGUCCCCGCUGGGAUGUCGCCUCUGCCAGCUGGAGCGCUCCUUCCCCCGUGUGGCUGCACCGCCGCUCAUCUCUCUGGCAGCUGGGCGGUGCGGGGUGGCAUCAGGAGAGGAGAUGUGCUUCACCCUUCGGAAAGAGAACCACCACCUGCUCUGAUCAUGUGGGCUUACUGCAGCCUGGUUUCUCUGUUACAAUAAAAUGGUGGUCGACCCAA